AUGACGCUCAUUUUAAAAAACUUGCAGAAAGAUGAUUUUGUAAUAUGUGAAAAGUGUAACAAAUAAGGAUUUAUUUUGAGAUUGAUCUCAAUCAUACAUAUUUUAUUAAUAGUGCCUGAUAUCUCGGGUAUUAUAAAGAGUAGUAUUAUAAAGAGCUAAGCACGAUGGGCAAGUCGAUGUCGAGGGUGACACGACCCUUGAAAAAUUGGAAUAUCGAAUCAAGAGCACAUAAAGCCAUUUCCAAAGAAAAACGACCAUCUGCUCCUACUUUCGUUUCUGUUCACAAACAAAUAGAAUUAGUUAACGAGUUGGAACCAGAUUACAAAGAACGUGCUUCUAAAAAACAGAAGGACUUGGAUGAAAAUCUGAAGAAAGUUUUUGUCACAUCUACCGAGGGUAACACAAUUGACUCCAGAUAUAAUCCUGAUAAACCACUGCCAAAGGACAAUAAGCUAUGUGAACCAUUCGAGUAUGGGUUCUAUGAGCCUGAACCAAGUAGAAUACCAACUGGUAAAAUAACUUUGAGGCAAGCAAUAGAAUUCAUUGGUAAACAUAGCAAAGAUCCAAAAAAUUACACUGCAGAAAAAAUUGCAGAGGAAUACAAACUAGAUGCAAUAGUGACAGCUGAUAUUCUGGAAUUCUAUAGACUUUUUAAUACCUUCCAAGAAGAACCUGAUUCUAAGGAUAACACUCUUGCUCUGCCCAUAUCUAUGAAAUCGGGAAUAACAAUAAAAUUCAGUAGAAAUCCGGGUAAAGUAAUUCCAGAUAAUCAUUUUGAAGAAGAUCCUAGUACUGAGGAGAUUGACGAGAGGGAGAAGAAAAUCGAAGAUUCUGUAGAGAUAUUUGAUAAACAAAAAGCUCUAGAAGAACAAGAAAAGAAAAAACUUAUCAGUGAAAAAAUUGUAGAAAAGGUGUAAAUAUCUUGAACUGGGAACUAUUGUUGAACUAUAUAAUUCUUUCAAUAGUUUGUAUAUAUAAUUUAUAUAAAUA